UAACUAGUGAACUGCUAGCUAGCUAUCAAUUACUCGUCCAAAACGGAUUGUUAACCGUUUAAUGUCUUUUGAUCAAUCAUAGUACACAUGUCGUCUGCGGCAGAGACAGUGGAAAAUGCCUCCAUCAUGUCAGAGAGUGUGGCCCAUGAUGGAAACCGCUUGUGGAUAGGCAACAUCGAUCCCAAAAUCACAGAAUAUCACCUGGUGAAGUUGCUGGAGAAGUUCGGCAAUGUGAAACAGUUUGACUUCCUGUUUCAUAAGUCUGGGCCUUUGGAGGGACAGCCACGGGGCUACUGCUUUGUCAACUUUAACACCAGAGAGGAGGCAGAGAGGGCAAUCCUGUUUGAAGGGGAACUAGCUUUGUCCAAAAAGCGGUUUGGGGCCGGGGCGCACGCACAGAGGUUUGAAGGUUUCCGUAAUGACAAGACAAUGCCUCCGAGCCUAGAACCGUCAUGCAGCGGCGCGGCAGACGAUGGACCGGUAACUGCCAACCACCUCAGUACGAGUGCUAAGAUCCGCGCCAUUGAGGCCAAGCUCCAGAUGAUGGAGGAGAAUCCAGAUGAUGACUACUCGGGCCCAUCGGCCUACGUUCACAACAAACCGCCAGAGAGGAAACGCUGGGAGCCCUACUCUAAAUCACACCACAACAACCAGAGCAGGCCCUUCCGCAAGUUUAGGAGAUGACCCAUCCUCCCACUCAUCUUGGAGACCCCCCCCCCCCCCCCCCCCCUUUCAGCCUCCACCUCACAAAAACUGAAUAAACACAAGAUACUAUAAAGACUAUACACAUCCUAUCUGGGAAUAAAAGGUUUUGACAAUACUUUGAGAACCUGGACUCUUUGGGAGUAUUCACAGCAAUCAUGGACAAUUACCUAAAAUGGUUUUAGUUGUAUUGGGUUUACAGUAUCAGUUAUUAUUUAGUCUUAACAUGUGCCCCAUACCUGACUGCUGUGCAGGUUGGAUCCCUUAUCUGUCUGCUUUCUCACUUUUGCAGAGAUUUAAUGCAGGUGAAUCGUACAGCUGUGAGUGACAUGAUGCACCGCUGCCAGGAAAGAGACAUGUUAUUAUUAAAGAGUCUAAAUGCCGAUUCUAAUUUCCACGUUUUACUUUCGGAUCAUAUUAUUUAAAGGUGAAAUACAAUUAGAUUGUCUUUAUUCAAGACGUCAGUGAAGAGGAAUAAAUACACAGAUUUGUAACAGGUUUGUAUUCAUGGAGUUCAAAUGAUUAGCCACUCAGCGACACGUACUGUAAGUUGCAGUAUUUUUGUGUGACAUUGUUGUCUUUCUUUUUUUUCUUUCUUGGAUCCAAUUUGUAUAUGACUGCAGUCUAGAGUUUUGGUAUUUCCCUUACCUCCUCUUUUUUUUUUUUUUUCAAUUAAAAGCUAUAAAAUAUCACAUCUACAGUGUGUUUUAUGCCAUUUUGUAGAUUUUCUACAAUGCUCUUGAAAUACAGGAUUCAGUUUUAUUUUUGUCAGUCAGCAACAUUUGCUCUGUUACCACAUGGUUGCCACGAUUUUGAUGAUAUAAUCAAAUUUAAUUCACCAGGGGUUAAAAAUACAGUCCUGAAUUAUCACAGAUUUUUAAAGGAGAUUAACACAAUCGCCAAUGCUGACAAAUGACACAAUGUUUUCCCGAGGCAUGGUGGGUAUCGAGUUUCUUACUCAUUUUUGUGCCCUUCACCAACAUUUGCUGUAAAUCGUUACAUUUUGUUGUUUGUUUAACAUAUUUCAAAAUGCAAUUUGUGUUGAUUCCUUUGUGUCCAUGGAGCUCGAUACUUUUGAUAUGAUCCGAGUAGUGUUUCUAUGCAUGUGUGAUAUGCAGUGUGAGGCUAUAAAACCUAAAAGCAGGAAGUAUGCAACAAAUAUGUUGGCGAAAUAAUAAUCUGAAUUUGUCUGAGUGAAGAAAGAAUUCGCCAACUAAAGGUCUUUUGCAGAACACAUGUUUUUAAAGAGUCGACCAAGAAUAUUGAAGUCACAUCUAUUAGGCUAUAGCUAACGUUGCAGCGUGGAUGGAGAUCGGCGGACUUAUUGUACAUCAUGGAACGACAGCGCAUCAUUUCGUGCGCAGCGAACAAAUCCAAUCCUACCUCCUGACGCGAGUCAGCCCUUUUUACCGUCUUUGUUGUUUGUAAAAUAACCCGAUUGCAGAAUAUGUCUGAUUGCCAUUAGAUCGAAUUGAAUGAUUUCUUUGCAAUAUGUGUAUUUACCUGUUUUCAAUAAAA